AUGGACGUUGGUGACAGUUUGGUCUAUUGCCCGGUCUAUGCACCAUUUUUUGGUGCAAUGGGUUGCACAUCGGCUAUUGUCUUUACCUGCUUCGGUGCUGCAUACGGAACUGCGAAAUCUGGUGUCGGUAUCUGUGCCAUGGGUGUUCUCCGACCAGACUUGAUUGUCAAGAAUAUUGUUCCAGUUAUCAUGGCUGGUAUUAUUGGUAUCUAUGGACUCGUCGUUUCGGUUUUGAUCUCCGAUGGUUUGAAACAACAAUUGCCACUUUACACAGGUUUCAUCCAACUUGGUGCUGGGCUUAGUGUUGGUCUGGCUGGUCUUGCUGCUGGCUUUGCCAUCGGUAUUGUCGGAGAUGCCGGUGUUCGUGGUACCGCACAACAGCCUCGUCUCUUCGUCGGCAUGAUCCUGAUUCUUAUUUUUGCUGAAGUCUUGGGUCUAUACGGCUUGAUUGUCGCCCUUCUCAUGAACUCGAAGGCGAGCUUGGAUGUUUCAUGCUAA